GAAUGUGGCCAGAUUCAGCUGCCCAUCGAGCGAAAGCAGUGCCACCGCACGCAUCUGGCUGAGCAGUGUGACCUCCCGCCCGUAGAGUGCCACAGCAUCACGCAUGCUGAAGCACGGCUCGUCGGCGGUCUCGUGGGCGCGACGGAACUCGACGGCGGCAGGACUGGCCGAGUCGGACACCCACGUUGCGAUCGCGCACUCGCGAGCGCGGACGUAUCGAGGCGUCUUGCAGCGUGCGAGCAGGCCAAUGCCGCCCGACGCCACGCUCUCGCUGCGCGUGAACAUUGCGCAAUGGUCGAUGAAGAGCGCCGAGGCCACGGCCGCCGGACGCCCAGUGCACUACGUGGGCAUGGACCCCGGGAUCAACAACGUGAUCACGGCGGCGCGCGUCUUUGACCUCAAGGAGGGCACGCUGUACACGCUGCCCGGUCAGCAGACGCACCCGGACGGCCGCAAGCCCAUCACAGACGCAGAGCGCCAGGACGCCGGGCUGCCGGCGCUCGACCCGAGCAAGAACGGCCGCACGACGCGCGACCCGCUCUUCCGUGCAACUCAGGCGGACACGGAGGAGUACGGGCGCAUCCAAGCCAUCGCACUCACCAAGGGCACGCUCGACGAAGAAGCCAACCGGAUCAGCGCCAAGAUCCAGAUGCUCGAGGCAGAGCACGAGCUGCCCGACACGGCGGAUCCCGGCACGCGCGAGCGACACAAGGCGGCGUUCAACCAGCGGCCCGAUGUCAGCGCACUGCGCGACCUGCGGAUGGUGGUGCAGGUGCGGCAGCGCAACCUUGCCGUCAUGGCCAUUCUCGAGUGGCUGCUGAUGCGCGAGGGCGGAGUGAUGGCGGAACGCCAUCAGGGAUGGAGCAGGGACGGCGCGCUGGUGGUGGUCAACAUUGGCAACUGGCAGUCCGUCAGGCGCGUCGGACUCCCGGCGCAGUGCAGCAGCGAGAUUCUGCGGCGGUGCACGGCGCUCACCGAGAUCCACGGCCUCCCCAUCGUGUGGCGCCUGCAGGACGAGUACCUCACAUCGUCGGUGUGCCCGGCCGGCUGCCUCUCAAAGGACGGCGCGCGCGUUGACGGCAAGGCUAAUCCGCAGGGCACGUCUCAGCGGGUGGCGGCGCUGCGCAAGUGCUAUGGCAACACUCCCCUGCGCGACGUCAAGUACUGCCCCUGCUGCGACCGCGUCUUUGCGCGAGACGUGCUGGGCGCGCUCAACAUCCGAGCUGCGGGCAUGCACGAGCUGGCGUACAACACAGGGGCCUGGAGGCUGCGCAGAGCAGAGUCGGAGAGCAUAGCGGCGCCUGCACCCCACACGGGGCGAGGCACGCGUGCCGCCGCUGGCUCGUAGUGAAGACCUACAGUUUGUGCAUAAACCCACGAACCUGGGCGGUUCUUGCAAGGUUUCGGCAAACUUCGGUUGACGGGCCUGUGUGGGAACGACACCCCAAUCAGAGACGCCAUGUACAUU